AUUAUCUUUCCUCAAAUAUAAACAUUCAGUUUCUUAUAAUAAUAUAUUUCUAAAAUCUUUACAGACCUUAAACCCUUAUAAUUUACUGUUUCAUUUCUAAACUUAAAAUCAAAAUGAAUCGAUUAGUUGCCAACAUGAUUAUAAGGCGGAGCUGCGUGAUCAACAGCGGCCGGAGCUUUACCGGAGUACAGUUUCCGUCGGCGGUGGUUGUAGUUAAGGAUCAUGAUUUUGGAAAAUUUGAGUGGCGGAGGAUGAUGAGUUCGGAAGCGGAACCGGCGGCGAAAGCGCCGUCGGUGAAGCAGGCGGAAGGCGGUAGCGAUCAAAAGAAGGAGGUUGUAUCGAGUUAUUGGGGGAUAUCGAGAUCAAAGAUUACUAGAGAAGAUGGUACUGAAUGGCCUUGGAACUGUUUUAUGCCAUGGGAUACUUAUCAAUCAAACUUGUCCAUAGAUCUCAGCAAGCAUCAUGUACCGAAGAAUUUUGUGGAUAAAUUUGCUCUCAGGACAGUGAAACUGCUGAGAAUUCCAACAGAUGUAUUUUUCCAGAGGCGAUAUGGAUGCCGUGCAAUGAUGCUUGAAACAGUAGCAGCCGUCCCUGGCAUGGUGGGUGGAAUGCUACUGCACUUGAGAUCUCUACGUAGGUUCCAACAAAGUGGGGGUUGGAUCAAAGCAUUGCUUGAAGAAGCCGAGAAUGAGAGGAUGCACCUCAUGACAAUGGUGGAGCUUGUGAAACCCAAGUGGUAUGAACGCCUUCUGGUUCUGGCAGUCCAGGGGGUUUUCUUCAACGCUUUUUUCGUUAUAUACAUGUUAUCCCCAAAACUGGCACAUAGAAUAGUUGGGUAUCUUGAAGAAGAGGCGGUCCAUUCUUACACCGAGUUUUUGAAGGACAUAGAGAGUGGUGCAAUUGAAAACGUUCCAGCUCCUGCUAUUGCUAUUGAUUACUGGAGGUUGCCAAAAGAUUCAACCUUGAAAGAUGUCAUAACUGUUAUCCGGGCUGAUGAAGCUCACCAUCGUGAUGUCAACCAUUUUGCUUCUGACAUCCAUUUUCAGGGGAAGGAACUGAGGGAGGCUCCAGCGCCUGUUGGUUACCACUAAAUCUAUUAUUUUUGUGUAGGUACAUGUCUAUUUCUUGGUAUAAGAUUCAAAUAGUGUCUGUCUAUCUGUUUUUAAUCAAGCAAACUUGAAUUCAUAAGUUAAUAUCAACUUCUAUUCAACUAGGAUUUACAUGAUUGUGAGAACCAUAAUCACAAGAAUUUGGUUGUUAUCAAGAUGGGGUUAUCUUGAUUAAAUAAAAUGUCUGUUGCUUUCUGAAUA